GUCGAGAUGGAGCACAACUCACUCAAGUGGGUCGGCUCUGCCUGUGGUCUACACGGACCUUAUAUUUUCUACAAGGCUUUUCAGUUCCACCUUGAAGACAAACCAAGAAUUCUGUCCCUUGGCGACUUUUUCUUUGUCAGAUGCAAGCCAGGGGAUCCGAUUUGCAUAGCUGAGCUCCAGCUGUUGUGGGAAGAGAGGACUAGCAAGCAACUUUUAUCCAGCUCCAAACUUUAUUUUCUUCCAGAAGAUACUCCCCUGGGCAGAAACAGCGACCAUGGCGAGGAUGAGGUUAUCGCUGUGUCAGAAAAAGUUAUUGUUAAACUUGAAGACUUGGUUAAGUGGGCACAUUCCGAUUUUUCAAAAUGGAAGUGUGGGCUCCGAGCCUUACCUUUAAAAUGUAAAGAAUUGGGAAGGAAUGGUCAAAAGGAGUCUUUGCUAAAACACAGACAGACCAUACUCAACUGUGGAUUGAACUUCAAGGAUGUCUUCAAAGAAAAGUCAGAACUGGGUGAAGACGAAGAAGACAAAAAUGUGAUGGUCCUGAGUUAUCCACAAUAUUGCCGAUAUCGAUCGAUUUUAAAACGCAUUCAGGCCAAACCUUCGUCCGUGUUGGCAGACCAAUUUGUUCAGGCCCUGGGAGGUAUUGCAAUCAUCAACAGAAACACAAAAAUCCUUUAUUGUCGGGAUACCUUUGACCACCCAACUCUUAUUGAAAAUGAAAGCAUAUGCGAUGAAUUUGCUCCAAAUCUUAAAGGCAGACCGCGCAAAAAGAGGCCUUGCUCACAAAGAAGAGACUCUGUAAAUGGUAAUGGUAAAGAUUCAUCCAAUAUUUGCGAUGGCAAAACUGUUGCCAAGGUAAAAUGUGAAAUUAAGACAACCUUAUCAAAAACAAAGACUUCAAUUAGCAACUGCAAGAAGGGGUCUAUUGACGAUAAACCAAAGGCAGCUACAGGGAAUGGAUGCAAAACAGGGGAGUGCAAAGCGGAAGAACAGGCGUUUUUGGUGGCAUUAUAUAAAUAUAUGAAAGAACGAAAAACACCAAUUGAGAGGAUACCGUACCUAGGUUUUAAACAAAUUAACCUUUGGACUAUGUUUCAAGCUGCUCAAAAACUGGGAGGUUAUGAGACGAUUACUGCUCGAAGGCAAUGGAAAAAUAUAUAUGAUGAAUUAGGUGGAAACCCAGGAAGUACAAGCGCUGCUACAUGCACUCGUAGACAUUACGAAAGAUUAAUCCUGCCCUAUGAAAGGUUUAUCAAAGGAGAGGAAGACAAACCACUACCUCCUGUGAAACCUCGGAAACCAGAUAAUAGCUCCCAAGAGGUGGAGACAAAAACAAAGACUUGCAGCACUAAGCGUAUUAAAAAUGACAACCAGAAGUCAAAGAAAGAAAAGGAUAGCACAGCAAAAUCUCAGGACACAUCUGAGGAUAUCAAAGAGGAAGACAAUCUGGAAGUAGAUGAAAAAAAUGUGUCUCGUGAAUGUGAAGAGACAAAGCCAUCUGUAGACUACUCUGAAUCAGUUGAAAAAAGACAAUUGACACCUUUGGUGAAAAAUGAGCAUGAGGAGUCCAUUCCUAACAAGGACCAUGUGGCAGAAGAUGAAGAUAUUAUUCCUUCUGAUCUGCUUAUUCAUAAUAUUAAUUCCAGAGAAGGAGAUGAAAAGCCACAAAUUUCCAAUGCAAAUUCAACAAGAACAAAAACAGAACAAAGCAAACCAGAAAUUUCAGAUCCUUUGGAAAAUAAUGAAACCUCUGAUAGGAAUUUCAACAUGUUUCCCUCAAUUCAGGUCCAGCAUGAAAUCAUAGAAGAUGAAAAAUUGCCUGAUUUGCCGGAUUAUAUUGCAAACUGUACAGUGAAAGUAGACUCCCUUGGAUCGGAGGACCUAAAAAAUCCUUUGGACAGCAAUUUAUUACAAAAUGCAUUAAAGCAGAAUCCUAAAGUUUACUUAGUGCAAUCUCUUGACAUGCUAAAAGAAAAAGACCCCUCAUCAUCUAUAAAUGAAGAAUUGUCGUUUAAUUACACGCCUUUGGUUUACUCUAGGGGAAAUCCAGGAAUCAUGUCUCCUCUGGCGAAAAAGAAACUAUUAUCACAGGUUAGUGGGGCAUCACAGUCUGGAAGUUAUCCAUAUGGUACACCACCACCAUUAAUAAGCAAGAAAAAAUCAAGUUCUAAAACAGAAAUAUCUCAACAUUUAUUACAAGCUCACCAGGCAACUAAUUCUGAGUCUGUGACGAUAAACCGACCUUCUGUAAUACAACAUGUUCAAAGUUUUAAGCAAAAGAGCCCAGAUGAGAAGUCCAUUGGUGACCUUUACAAAAACAGUACAUACAACAAACUAGAUUCAUACCAUUGUGAUUUUUCCAAGCAACAUCAAAACACCCUUGCUGAAUCAUAUUCCUUAAAGUCCAGCAUGCCUGAAUGUAAAGAUAAAAUGACUGAAAAAAGAACUGUGCAACAUUCAAAUGUGCCUAAUUUUCUGGCUGAAUUCUAUUCAUCACCCCAUCUUCAUAAACUGUAUAGACAUACCGAACACCACCUUCAUAGUGAACACUCUUCAAAAUAUCACUCUCGAGAAACAUUUAGAGAAACUGAAAAUGUGUCAACGCACAAACAUCAGGAGAAACUUAAUUACCAUCAUUCAUUGAACCAACAGGACAAACCAAAUGCAUUAGAAAACACAGAUGACCAGCCAACUGAUUUGAGCCUUCCAAAAUCUGCACACAAACAUACUGGUAAAUCUCUAGGAUCCAACUUUUCCCAUCAUUUGGCACAGCAAGAAAGUAAGCCACAUAAUCUGUUUCAUAUGCCAAAUAGCAAAAGCAUGAGUCUAGACUGCAACCCAAAAGCUUGUAGAGUUUCACCUAUGACUAUGUCUGGGUCAAAAAGGCACUCCGAAUCCAGUCAUAGGCCUGUUAAGUUGCAUAACGCAAGACAUGAUCACAUAAGAAAGAUAGAAGGGUUGGUCCAUCCAAACACGAUGGGAAAAACGAGUAGUCAGAAUUUUGGGACAUCAAGGUCUCUGAAACGAUCAUUGGAUGAUGCGGGCAACCCAAUCAGUGAGAAGAAAAUAAGAGCAGUGUCUCCUCUAAACAUACCAAAAGAGUUGCAUGGAAAAGAAACAUUUUCUGCUGAGGAUGGUGAAAGUAGCAAAUCAAUGCAUGAUAUUCACUCUGGUAACAUGAUCGAUGGCCACAAAUACACUCUUUCAUCACCCAUCUUUCCUGGGAUCUAUCCUGGAGGCUUAUGUGGUGGGCUAGGUUCUCGUAUACCAACUGCCUAUUCUCAUCCACUGCACUACUUGAAAAACCAGGCUGUGCUUUCACCUUUAAUGCAGCCAUUAGCCCUUCAUUCCUUAAUGAUGCAAAGACAGUAUCUGGCUAACUCUACAAACUCUCAACAAUUAUAUAGACAGUUAGCUACAGGAGCACCUGUAGGAUCAACAUAUGGAGAGUUAUUACACAACAGCAUAUAUCCCUUAGCUGCCAUGAAUCCUCAAUCUGCUUUCCCUCCUUCCCAACUUUCAUCUGUACAUCCUAGCACAAAACUUUGAAUUUCCCAAAGCUGAAAAGCAAACCCGAAAUAUUUUAGCUACAUUCCUUGCCCAAAAUAUUCUGCAUCACAUUAUUGUCGGUGUGAGCCACAUUUUUACUUAAACCUUCAAGCCUAUUAAGUGAGAGGUAAGAAUUGGGCUACAUUUCAGUUCCAAUUUUAUUUUUGCCUUGAAUUUUUAAUUUUGUUCAUGCGUCGACAUUCACUUUUACGCACUGUGUGAAUUUUAACAUCGAGAAAACUAUAGACUUGAUGUGCUAUAUAUUUUUUUCUUUUUAAGCAUACCUUAAGCUGAAAUAUAGCAGGCGUAAACAUUUGAGCUAAAAACAAAACAAAAAAAUGUACAGGCAGUAAUGCUGUUGUUGUUUAUUAUUUUUUUUGACUGUUAACAAUGUGUACCAGAGGCUUAAUCAACUCAUGCUCACUCCUUUGGCACUCUGUGGGUUUAAAGUUCAAUCAAGGCAAUCGAGAGUUCUAAGUCAAUCGAUGUAUUAAUGUUAAACACUAGAAGAUCAGAGAAGUAAACACUGUCCAAUUGACUGUACAUAUCUGCUUUUAUACCAGUGUCACUGUCUGUUCACCUAAUUUAUAUGGAUUAAUCUUUUCAGUUGAUUCUGUGCUUUUUUUUAAAUGUUUUAUUUUUUAUUAAACAAUAUUGUGUUAACUGCAAGGUCAUUUCUGAGAGGCUGUUAUUUGUACAUGUGUAUAUAUUGUUUAUUAAGCAGUUUUUGUUUGUUAUUGUCCUUGUUCAUGUUUACAGUCUGCUCUUUGAAAAGAUGAUCACCCAGAGAAUUGAGUAGAGCUCAGUAAUUCUGAAAUGUAGACAAAGCCCCAUUGAUACUGGAGUUGGGUUACCAACCAACAUAAUAUGGAAAGUGCAGUUUUUUCUGUGAAUAAGCCCUGAUUUGUGUGGUCAUGGGGAACUACAGCAUUUUAGUCUUUAUAUCUUGCCAAAUCAUGCCUAAGUUUUUAAUUUGAA